AUGGCCUACAACGCGCUGGCGGGAGGAAUGCUGACAGGUAAGUACCUGGACAAGCCGGCAGCCCUGGACAGCACUACGGAAGAUGCCGCGGAGAAGUUGAUGAAGAAGCCGCGGGGUCGCAUGGACACCUAUGGCUGGGGCAGUACCCUGUACCGCUACAGAUCUGAGGCAGCGGUGGAGGCCAUUGCUGCAUAUUCUGCCCUUGCCAAAAAAGCCGGCAUUUCUCUGACGGAGCUGAGUCUACGCUGGUGUCGCAGCCGUCGAGGCUGCACAACUGUGUUAUUGGGAACAAGCAACAUGGCGCAGCUAGAAGAUGACCUGCGCUUUUUCCAGAAGCCGGAGGCUCUUCCGCAGGACCUGCUGUUUGAGAUCGACCGUGUCCACAUGAGAAAUCGCCUGCCGAUCUUCUCCUCCAGGCAUGUGGACGCUGGCUGGCAGGGCUCCGGCGAGAUCGGGGAACCCAUCCCAUGA